AUGGCAUUCUUAGAUUGUAGUCCCCCAGAGAGACUUUGCGUGCCAAUUGUUAAUCACAUUCAGUCACUAGGUGGUGAAGUCCGACUAAGUUCUCAGAUACAAAAAAUUGAGCUUGAUAGUAAUGGAACUGUGAAGAGUUUCUUACUAACUAACGGGAAAGUUAUUGAGGGAGAUGUUUAUGUAUUUGCCACUCCAAUUGACAUCAUAAAGCUUCUUUUGCCUGAAAAUUGGAAAGAGAUGCUAUACUUCAAAAGAUUGGAGAAAUUGGUUGGAGUUCCAGUUAUCAAUGUUCACAUAUGGUUAGUGUGA